AUGCAUUUACAGACAAAAGUGCAUUGUUCUCAAUUGGAGCUAAGGCUUGGUAGCGACGUGCACUUAGAAAUUGUUGGAAUAAUGUCAAGUCAGGAAUUGGCUUGUGUUUAUGCAGCGCUCAUCCUGCAAGAUGAUGAUGUUGCAAUUACUGGAGAUAAAAUAUCAACUAUUCUGAAAGCGGCUGGUGUUGAAGUAGAACCAUAUUGGCCGGGGUUGUUUGCUAAGGCUCUUGAUGGAGUUGAUGUAAAGUCAUUAAUAACUAAUAUCAGUUGUAAUGUUGGUGGUGGUGGUGUCGCUCCAGCAGCUCAAGCUGCGGCAGCCACGGAAUCAACACUUGCUGAAUCAAAUGAGAAGGAGGACAAGAAAAAAGAGGAACCUAAAGAAGAAUCAGAUGAUGAUAUGGGUUUCGUAUUUGAGCCUUAUUUGCACGAAACUUACGGUGUAGACAGUUGUAUUGUCGUUUAUUUAAGGAAUACGUAG